AUGUUUACGGAAUUAAUAGCACAAAUUGAGCCUCGCGGGAUUGCAAGGCAGGCGCUCGUGCUUGUCAAUGCCGUUGCAUUGGCUGAGCAGGCGCGCGCAACGGUGCAGCGGAUGCUGCCCCACCUCUCUGUCGAAAUUGAGCAGGGCGCCAAGAAUAAGGCGUCGGGGCGCGCAGACGUAACAAUUGCGACCUUGCAAUCUUUGCGUCAUGCUAGCAGACUGGAAAAGUACGAUCCAGAGCGGUUUAAGUGCGUUAUUGUGGACGAGGCACACCACUCGACCUCGACAAGUUAUCUCCGCGUACUUUCCCACUUUCACAACCAGGUCCGUACACAGCAAGCACCGGAGGCAGAGCGGGAUGCUGGCAUGCCGCCUAUGCACCCACGUGUUCCUAUUAUUGGCUUCUCGGCGACAUUUUCGCGGCACGAUGGGUACGCGCUCGGCAAUGUCUACGACCAGAUUGUGUUCCACAAAGAUUUUCUCGCCAUGAUCCAAGAGGCUUGGCUUUCUCCUCUUCGAUUUACGGCUGUGCACAUUGACUUGGACUUGUCCAAAGUGACACGCACGGGACGAGACUACAAUGUAGCAUCUCUUGCCAAGGUGAUGAACAGGCCCGCAAUGAAUGCGCUGGUCGUGCGGACUUGGAUUGCCAAGGCACACAAAAUGCGACGCUCGACACUUGUGUUUGCUGUAAAUAUCGAGCACAUUAACGCGCUUGUUGCCGAGUUCCAUGCGCGAGGAGUCGAAGCGCGUGGGAUUCACUCAGGCAUGCCGCUCAAGGUGCGCGACGAAGUGCUCAAUGCGUUCCGCAACGGCGCAUUUCCCGUCUUGAUUAACUGUGCUAUUCUUACAGAGGGCGCAGACGUCCCCCCUAUCGACUGCAUAUUGCUGGCGCGUCCAACUCAGUCGCAAAACCUUUUUUCGCAAAUGAUCGGGCGUGGAAUGCGUUUGUCACCAGGAACAGGGAAAGAGGACUGUUUGAUUGUUGACUUGGUGGGCAACUUGGACAAUGAACUUGUAUGCACGCCGACUUUGUUUGGUCUAUUUGACGCUGGGCAUAUUGAAAACGCUAGCAUUGACGAGCUGCUUGCGCGCAAACAGGAACAGACCGACAAUGCAGAUGUACCUGCGUUUGAGAGCGAGGCUAUUUCCGCAGUCACAUUUGUUGAUUACGAUGAUCCGCAAGCGCUUGUAGAAGCGAUGCAGACGCGCGGCUCUCGCGCGGCCGACAAGCAUUCGCAAAAUGCAUGGGUUGAUUGCGGAGGCCAAGUGUUUGUGCUGAGCUCGUACGACGGAAGCUAUGUAAAGAUCCAACGCGAGAAAGACUUGUAUGUGGGAUAUCAUUACCCACGAAAUCCUGCAGUUGAUUGGUCCUCAGGUGCAUCGGACAGCUCAAACGCAUCUGCGUCGCCCUACUGGCAGAAGAAGGUUGUGCUGCGCAGCGAGGAUUUUGGGCAUGCGAUACGGGGUUGCGAUACGUACAUGCAGAAAAAGAUGAGCAAUGCGGGUCGAUCACCAUUGUGGCUGCGCCGGCAUGCAAUGUGGCGUCAUCGCCCAGCAUCGGUGCGCGCGCGCGCCACUCUGGCAAAAAAGCUUGGCGACGGGCAAAAGGCGGAAGACUUUACAGAGAUCAGCCAUGGGCGUAUGCACACCAUCUUGACACGGCUACGGCAUGGAGGUAAGAUGCGAUGGAAACGCACUGUUCAGCAGAAUAACAAGCGUAUUCGUCAUACUGAAGCACGGAAUCCGUCUGUACAAGUAGGGCCGCUGCCGAAAGCAGCAUAA